AUGGGAUGUUUCCCAGCUUUUAAGAACAUGAAGACGCUAAAGUGUGAAAAAUCCGAAUCAGAAAACAGCAGCCAUAAUGAGCACGUAUCUGCAACAACGCCUCAACUUCAAGCUUCUCGCUCGUUGCACUCUGAUCCUCGAAGUUCUAUGGCUAGUAUGAAAUCCCUUAACCGAGUUGCCAACAACAGAACACGGGUGUUGUCUUCUCCGUCAGCUCUAGCCUCAGUUGAGCACGAGGAACAAGAAAUGUCGAGAGUAUUAGCGAGAUUAAUGAAGGAGCCGCGUUCUCCUAUUCCACAGCCCUUACCUCUUCCAUCUCCUCAAGGAAAUGGUCCGUUGAAGUUAAGGAUGGCUGGUGGUCCUGUAUAUGCUUCUGGCUCAGCUCUUGUUGCAGCAGAACAAGAUGGUUUGGAAACAUUUCAGUACGAAGAACAAGAAUGGUCAAAAAACCGAGAUAGAUUGACGAAGAAACAGCCUGCAUCUAUUCCACUACCUUUACCGCUUCCAACUCCUCAAGGAGGAGGUACAUUGAAGACUACUACUGGAAGCUCUAAGUCAGGAACAGCUAUUGAUUCAGUUCGUUACUUUCGGUAUGAGGAAAUUGCUGCUGCUUGCCACAAUUUCUCUUCUGAUCGAUGCAUGUCGGAAUGUCUUUAUUCCACCAUAUAUAAAGCUUCCUUUUCUAAUGAUGCUUCAAGUGAGAAGCUUAAAGCCACUGUCACCCGCCUUCACUCAUCGACUCAGGGCUUGAGGGGAUUCAUGAAUGAGGUUAAUACUCUUUCGAAUUUGCAACAUCCAAACCUCUGUAAACUGCUCGGAUUUUAUGCAAGAGAUGGCUAUGAGUCUGAACCAAGGAUGUUGGUUUAUGAGAGGCUAAUCAAUGGUAGCUUGGACCGCCUGUUGUUUGGAAAAUCUGACGACCCUUCAAUUGAUUGGAACGCAAGAAUGAAAAUCGCCAUCUGUGUUGCACAAGGUCUAACUUUCUUGCAUGAAGAAGGGCCUCUCCAGGCAAUGUAUAAUGAUUUUUCAGCAGUGAACAUACAGAUUGAUGUAGAUUUCAAUGCAAAGCUAUCAGGAUAUGGUUUUGUUGGACAUGUUGCUGAGGAAGAGAUUUCAAGCAGUUCAACUGCGGCAGCAAACCUUUCAGUGGAGACAUUGAAAAAAGGAAUGCUAACUCCAAAGAGCAAUGUAUGGAGUUUUGGAAUUGUUCUUCUGGAGCUACUUACCGGUAGAAAGCAUUUUGACCAGCAUCUCCCGAAGAAAGAGAGGAACUUAGUCAAGUGGUGUCGGCCUUACCUAGCCGACGAUUUCCAGUUGUCGGUGAUCAUGGAUUCACAACUGAAAGGUCAGUUUCCGCCUAAAGCAGCAAGAAAAGUAGCUGGAAUUGUACAACGAUGCCUUCAAAUGGAGCCAUCAGAAAGACCAACCAUGAGAGCCAUUGUUGAGAGUCUCAAAAUCAUAGUAGAUACGGAGUACCCUAGUUGGAUCCCACUGCAAGAGCCAGCAGCCAUGUAUGGAAGACAUGCGUCGAGAUCACCAAGUGUUGAUGGUAUCAUUAAUGCACCUAGACUGAGUUUCUCAACUCCAUUACUACCAUCAAAAGCCAGAACAUCUGUUUCACAUCCUGCAAGAUGGUCAACUGUGUCGACAGUGCUUCCUUCUCCUCUUGCUCGUUCCUCCAAUGUUUCUACUGAGGAGCUCACGAUGCAGGAAAAUAGAAAGUCAUCAUCCUCAGUAUCCAAGAAAGCUUAG